GCUUCUAACGAUCCUCUCGCAAAUUUCCGUUCUCAACUCUGUUCUUUCUCCGACACCACUCUUCCCUCGUGAUCUUCGCAUCUCUUCGACAUGGCGAGAGGCGUAUCGCAAUCUCAAUCAUCAACGUCCGCUGCCACCACGCGACCGGGCGUGAUGGCUCCCCGCGGCUCCGCUGCCGCCACCGCCGGGAUGCGCCGUCGCCGCCUCGGAGCCGGUAACAGUUCCGCUUCCGUCGGAAGCGGUUCCGGCACAGGAGGAAGCAACAUGCUGCGGUUCUACACCGACGACGCUCCCGGCCUCAAGAUCUCGCCAACGGUGGUGCUCGUGAUGAGCGUCUGCUUCAUCGGCUUCGUCACCGCGCUGCAUGUGUUCGGCAAGCUCUACCGUUAUCGAUCCGGCGCCGCCGUAUGAUUCCACUUCCAGGUCAUGGAUCUGACGGUGACCGGUUCCUGAUCUGGAUCACGAAAUCCGGUUCUCGUCUCGGUAUCCGAAACCUUCGCUUUUUAAUUUACGCGCUACUUUUUUAAUUUUGUAAAUCUUCCUAGGGCUUGAUUAGGCUUCCUGUUUCUCCUAGCUGUGAAAUGAUUGGAUCUUCUUCUUGCUG